AUGAGGAGUUGUACCGCCAUGCGUUUCGGUUACAAGAGUGAAUUAGGUGCCAUAUGCACCGCAUUUGCUGCAGCUGUGGGCUUUUUUGCGUUGCCACGUUCCUUUCUUAUAGUGGCGGUACCAGCGUGGCUGGUUGUGCAGCGGCUCGUGGCUCGCGGUUCACGAAAUGGCGCGCGGCCGCCGCACGAAGGGGCAACCUACAAUGGUGGCAAGGAAGGGAAGAAGGACUUGUCGCCGAGGGAGUGCCAACUCGCAUUUGUCAUUUCCCGCAAUAUGAAUGAAGAGGAGAGGCCAGUGGCAAUAGUCACGGGGACGAACAGCGGCAUUGGGUAUUACACGGCCGUGGGGCUUGCGGUGGAGGGGUACCGUGUGGUGUGCACCUGCCGGAACCCGGCCCUCAGCGAGUCGACGGCGGCAAAGAUUCGGAGGGAGGCGGAGGAUCAUCGACGAGGCCGCAAUGGGGAUUCAAUGUACAUGGAGGUACCGGAAACGGUCCUCGUGGACGGUCGGUUUUUUCUUGAAUGCGAUGACUUCGCCAGCGUGCGGCGUUUCGUGGAUCAGUUCCAGGCAACAUACAAGCGUCUUGAUGUCCUUGUGAACAAUGCCGGCAUGAUGCGAAAACGACUGGAAUUUAGUCGACAUAACCCGCAACUGGAGCUUCACACUGCGGUAAACUUUCUUGGCCCGCUUAUGUUGACAGAACUCCUUGUGCCUCUUCUUCGACGGAGUCAAGGACGUGUGGUGUAUGUUUCGUCUGCGGCACACCGUUUCCCGCAGAUGGUGCUGGAAACAGGCUUGUGGAAGACGCCGUCGAAAGCGGGCCUUAAUGGACGUCUGCUGGAUGCCGUUGAACAAAUCAAUCAGGGCGAAUUGGGUUCAACGGGUCCGCUAAAGCGGAAUACAUUGGGUUGUGCUUUUGUUCGCUAUGGAACAAGUAAAUUGCUUAAUAUUUACCACGCUCACCACAUUGCGCGACAUCACAAGAUUCCUGCGUGUUCUCUUCACCCCGGCUGUGUCGGGACAAACUUCUCGAGGGAUCUUAUGACCAGGGAGUGGAUCCAACGCAUCUACCAGUAUGCCUCUCUCCUCUUUCUAAAGUCGUGGGAGGAGGGGGCGCAAACGACUUUGCACUGUGCGAUGUGUGAUGUCGAGGAAUUAAGGCUUGUUGAGCCGCUGAAAAGAACAAACCGAACUGAACCUGUUAGUCCCUACUUUGUGGAGUGCGGCAACCAGACCAUUGAGUCGCUGCUGCCUUACGGCUGGGAUGUGGAGGAGGCAGAUCGCAUUGUAGAGUGGGGCAAAAAACUGGUUGGGCUGGCGCCGAAAUAG